UUGCCCUCCCUUCUGCUGUUUCGUCACCGGUAGACUGAGUGCGGAGAGUUGGGAGAGGAGUGCAAGUCAGAGGCCGGCGCUGUAUUGACCCUCAGCGGGAGGAGGAGGACGGCAGCACCGGGGCAUCCCGUCAUGGGCACCAGGGAAGAGAGAGCGGAGCAGCUGGGCUUCAGACCGCAGAAGGAGAUAGUGUAUAACCUCCUGCUGCCCUAUGCCGAGCGCCUGGACCGGGAGUCUAACGAGCUGCUGGCACAGAUCAAGAGCAGCCUGGGCCGGGCCGUGCACCUGCGGGAGCUGUGGCCUGGGGUGCUGUUCUGGAGCCGAAAGCUGAACACGUAUAUACGGCUCUAUGGCAGAAAAUUUAGCAAAGAAGACCAUGUGCUCUUCGUGAAGCUGUUGUAUGAGUUGGUGACUAUUCCCAAACUGGAGAUCAGCAUGAUGCAAGGUUUUGCACGCUUGUUAAUUAGCCUUUUGAAGAAGAAAGAGCUCCUUUCUCGAGACGACUUGCAGUUACCCUGGAGACCUUUGUAUGACAUGCUGGAGAGAAUACUGUACUCGAAAACAGAACACCUUGGACUUAAUUGGUUUCCCAAUUCAUAUCGACCAGGCUUGUCCUCCACUAAAACAAUUGUGCUUAAUGUUUUACGUAGGUGCUCUGUAGAAGGAGUCCUGAAAACACUAGUGAAAGCCUGUCGACCUUAUUUCCCAGAUGAUGCAACUGCAGAAAUGCUUGAAGAAUGGCGGCCUUUAUUGUGUCCUUUUGAUGUAACCAUGCAGAAGGCUAUUAGUUAUUUAGAAUUAUUCUUGCCUACCUCCCUGCCUCCAGAACUGCAUCAUAAAGGCUUCAGGCUUUGGUUUGAUGAACUUAUGGGCCUAUGGCUUUCAGUUCAGAAUCUCCCGCAGUGGGAAGGGCAUUUGGUGAACAUCUUUGCACGUCUGGCUAAUGAUAACAUCGGCUACAUUGAUUGGGAUCCUUAUGUACCAAAGGUUUUUACCAGGGUUCUACGUAGUUUAAACCUCCCUGUCGGAAGCAGUCAAGUGAUUGUCCCGAGACAGAUAGCGAACGCUUAUGACAUUGGACAUGCAGUUAUAUGGAUCACAGCAAUGAUGGGAGGACCAAGCAAGACUGUGCAAAAACAUCUUACAGGGUUGUUUAACAGCAUUGCCUCUUUCUAUCACCCGUCUAACAAUGGCCGGUGGCUGACAAAACUUAUGAAACUGCUGCAGAGACUGCCAUGCUGUGUUGUACGAAGGCUGCAUCGGGAGAGGUAUAAGAAGCCGUCCUGGCUGACCUCCGUGCCGGACACCCACAAGCUCAGUGAUCAAGAUGUGACAGACUUUGUGCAAAGUGUAAUGCAGCCUGUUCUCCUGGCAAUGUUUAGUAAAACUGGAAGUCUGGAGGCAGCACAAGCCCUGCAGAAUCUUGCACUGAUGCGUCCAGAGCUCGUCAUUCCUCCAGUACUUGAAAGAACUUAUCCAGCUAUGGAAACCCUAACUGAGCCUCACCAGCUUACAGCAACUUUAAGUUGUGUCAUUGGGGUGGCACGCAGCCUGGUGGCUGGUGGCAGGUGGUUCCCAGAAGGCCCAACGCACAUGCUACCUCUAUUGAUGAGAGCGCUCCCUGGUGUGGAUCCAAACGAUUUUAGCAAAUGCAUGAUCACAUUCCAAUUUAUUGCAACAUUUUCCACUUUGGUGCCUUUAGUAGACUGCUCAUCAGUACUUCAAGAAAGAAACGAUCUGUCAGAGGUGGAGAGGGAGCUGUGCUCGGCCAGUGCAGAGUUUGAAGACUUUGUGCUCCAGUUCAUGGACAGGUGUUUUGCUCUGAUUGAAAGCAGUGCUCUGGAACAAACCCGAGAAGAGACGGAGACUGAGAAGAUGACCCAUGUUGAGAGUUUGGUGGAACUGGGCUUGUCGUCAACCUUCAGUACAAUCCUCACUCAGUGUUCCAAAGAGAUUUUUAAGGUUGCCCUGGAGAAAGUUUUUAACUUUGCCGUGUCCAAUAUAUUUGAGACGAGAGUUUCUGGCAGGAUGGUGGCAGAUCUCUGCCGUGCUGCAGUCAAGUGUUGUCCUGUGGAUUCUCUGAAGCUCUUUCUACCUCAUUGCUGCAGUGUUAUAACUCAGCUCACUAGCAAUGAUGAUGUCCUCCAUGAGGAAGAAUUGGACAAAGAGCUGCUCUGGAACCUACAGCUCCUAUCAGAGAUAACCAGAGUGGAUGGGGCAAAAUUUCUUCCCUACAAAGAUCAGCUUGUAAAGAUUCUCCAGCAGACCUUACACUUCACUUGUAAACAGGGUUAUACUUUGUCAUGUAACCUGCUGCAUCACCUCUUGAGAUCCAGCACUCUCAUCUACCCCACGGAGUACUGCAGCAUACCUGGUGGAUUUACUAAGCCACUUUCUGAAUACUUCCCAAUUAAGGACUGGGGCAAGGCUGGAGACCUGUGGAAUCUCAAAAUCAAGUGGCAUGUGCCAUCAGCAGAGGAGAUUGAGUUUGCUUACUACCUGUUGGACAACUUUUUACGCCCAGAAUUGGAAAAACUAGAUGCUUAUGGCAGCGGAGAGCUUGAAAUGUCAAGGGAUGAUGUGCAGCAGUGUCUCACCAUUGUACACAACUGUCUUACCGGCUCAGGGAACCUUCUUCCUCCUCUGAAAGGGGAGAGAGUAUCUCAUCUGGUAACAAGCUUGGUGUCUUUGAAUGAGACAAAUCUUUUUACCGGCAUUGACCAUGAUUAUUCUAGGGAAAACUACAGAGAAUCCAUUGCAAAAACACUCAGGAAACUCUUGCACUACAUCCUUGACAACUCAGAAGACGAUACCAAGUCCUUAUUUCUGAUAAUAAAGAUCAUCACUGACCUCCUGCAGUUCCGGGGAUCCCACAAACACGAUUUUGACUCAAGAUGGAAGAGUUUUACUCUGGUCAAAAAAUCAAUGGAAAACCGGCUCCAAGGGAAGAAGAGACACAUCAGAGCGCUGUUGAUCGACAGAGUCAUGCUGCAGCAUGAGCUGAGAACAUUGACAGUGGAAGGGUGUGAAUACAAGACCGUGCACCAGGACUUGGUACGAGACCUUCUGCGUCUCUCGACGAGCUCAUACGGCCAAGUCAGGAGCAAAGCUCAACAAGCCUUCUUCACAGCUCUGGGAACCUAUAAUUUCUGCUGCCGUGAUAUCAUUCCUCUUGUACUUGAAUACCUGCGUCCAGACAGACAAGAUGUGACUCAGCAACAGUUCAAAGGUGCCUUGUAUUGUCUGCUUGGAAACCAUGGUGCAGUCUGCCUAGCAAACCUUCAUGACUGGGAAUGCAUUGUACAGACCUGGCCAGCAAUAGUGUCAUCAGGUCUCAGCAAAGUAAUGUCCCUAGAGAAGCCGUCCAUUGUCCGCCUUUUUGACGAUUUGGCUGAGAAGAUCCAUCGGCAGUAUGAGACAAUUGGUUUAGAUUUUUCAGUCCCAGAGAACUGUGUACAGAUUGCUAUUCUGCUGCAGCAUUCACAGAGCCCCUCUAACAAUGCAGAGCUGCCUCAUCCAGAUCAGCUUGCCAUCGCCCUGAAAAGACAGGAAGAGAAGAACGCAGAGUCUGUAAGGAACUAUGAAUGUUUGAUUGACACAUUGCUUGAUUGUGUCACACAGAGAAACCUUCCAUGGAAGUUUGAACACAUCGGCAUUGGGUUUUUGUCCCUGCUCCUGAGAGAUGACUAUGUGCUACCUCUUCAUGCAAUCAAAUACCUGGUCCAGUGUCUGAAUCAUGACGCUCUUAUCGUGCGCAAGAUGGCGAUCUCCACUGUUGCUGGGAUUCUUAAACAAUUGAAGAGACCUCACGUUAAAGUGCCCAUUUCUCCAUAUGAAAUUGGAGGAUGUCCCAAACCUGACACCAUCAUGGCUGGAGACAGGCCAGACAACCUGUGGAUACAUUAUAAUAGUGCCGGCCUACCAAAGACGAAAGAAGUUUGGGAGGUCAGCCGCUUUGUGGAGAAGACCCACUGGGGCUAUUACACCUGGCCUAAAACCUUAUUGGUGUAUGCACCUGUUGACCAGCAGCCAACACUUGGAAGACCUCGGGAGGAAAUGUCUGAAGCAGAACAGAUCAUAUAUGAUCACUUCACUGAUGAAAAAUUCAUUGAGCAGCUCAUAACGUUUCUGUCUUUAGAAGAUCGAAAAGGAAAGGACAAAUUUAACCCACGCAGGUUUUGCCUUUUUAAGGGUCUUUUCAGAAACUUUGAUGACGCUUUCUUGCCAAUCUUUACUCCCCACCUGGAGCGUUUGGUGCAGGACUCGCACGAAAGCACGCAAAAAUGUGUGGCCGAAAUUGUUGCCGGAUUAAUCAGAGGAUCGAAGCAUUGGACAUUUGAAAAGGUUGAAAAUCUAUGGAAAUUUUUGUGCCCACUACUGAGAACGGCCUUGGCCAAUAUCACAGUGGAAACCUACAGUGACUGGGGAACAUGUGUUGCAACUUCAUGUGAGAGCAGAGAUCCUCGGAAACUUCACUGGUUGUUUGAGCUGUUGCUGGAGUCUCCAGUGAGUGGAGAAGGAGGGUCCUUUGUCGAUGCUUGCCGAUUAUAUGUCCUUCAGGGAGGUCUUGCACAACAGGAGUGGCGAGUUCCAGAGUUACUUCACAGAUUGCUGACCUAUCUGGAACCUAAGUUAACCCAAGUCUACAAAAAUGUCAGAGAGCGGAUUGGAAGUGUGCUCACUUACAUAUUCAUGAUUGAUGUCACUUUGCCAAACACUGCACCCACCAAAUCUCCUCGUAUUUCUGAAUUCACUGCACGUGUUCUUGAGAAGUUAAAGUUCCUUGUGGAGGCAGAUGAGGAGAUACAAAACCACGUGAUGGAAGAAAAUGGAGUCGGGGAGCAAGAUGAGAGAACCCAGGCCAUUAAAUUGAUGAAAACCAUAUUGAAAUGGAUUAUGGCAAGUGCAGGAAGAUCCUUCUGUACUGCGGUGCCACAGCAGCUGCAACUUCUACCCCUCCUGUUCAAGAUUGCACCUGUAGAAAAUGACACCAACUAUGAUGAGCUGAAAAGAGAUGCAAAAAUGUGCUUAUCCCUGAUGUCUCAAGGGUUACUCUACCCUGAGCAGGUGCCGCUAGCACUUGAUGUAUUAAAACAAACCGCAAGAAGUAGCUCCUGGCAUGCAAGGUACACAGUCUUGACCUAUACUCAGACGAUGGUCUUCUACAAUCUCUUUAUAUUGCUUAAUAAUGAAGAAACUGUUCAAGGCAUCAAGUGGCUGGUUCUACAGCUGAUGGCAGAUGAGCAACUGGAGGUCAGAGAAAUGGCCGCCACGACGCUGAGUGGUCUUUUACAGUGCAACUUCCUAAGGAUGGAUGCUGCUAUGCAAGAACACUUUGAAAAGCUCUGCAAAACUAGGCUUCCGAAAAAACGGAAGAGGGACCUAGGUACAGCGGUGGACACUAUACCUUCCGGAGAUCUUGUUAAACGCCACGCUGGAGUACUAGGGCUCAGUGCAUGCAUUUUAUCCAGUCCCUAUGAUGUCCCUACUUGGAUGCCACAGCUACUAAUGGAUCUCAGUGCCCAUCUCAAUGAUCCUCAGCCCAUAGAGAUGACUGUGAAGAAAACUCUGUCUAAUUUCCGGAGGACGCACCAUGAUAACUGGCAGGAACACAAGCAGCAAUUCACAGAUGACCAGUUAGUGGUACUGACCGAUCUCCUGGUCUCUCCUUGCUACUAUGCAUAACAGUGCGCCAUUUAAAGGGAAGAAUUUGUGUGAUGUGAAGGACCGAGGCCCAAUUUAGGAGCUGAAGUUUUUGGCAUCUAGCCACCCAUGUGUGUUUUUUUUUUUUUUUGUGUUUUUUUUGUUUUUUUUGUUUUUUUAUCAUGGUAGUCCAAUAGAAGAAGUGUCUUGGUGAUUUUAAUGGAUGGAUGAUACUUGUGCUUGAAAACGUUUGAUGUAUCAGACUACAGAAAGACAAUAAUUGGCUCCUUUGCCACAAAACACAAGGACUCAAUAAGACUUUUUUUUUUUUUUUUUUUUUUAGAUGUGUUUAAUAAAUGUAUAAAAUGUAGAAACAGUAGUAAAACAAAAAUAAGAAAAAAACAUUGUACAGGUUGCAACCUUUUACAAGAAAUGACCGCAUUGGUUUGUAAAGAGCAGACUGCAGACGUUUGAGCUAGGUUUCAGCUUUGUAUCGGGCGACAUGCCGUAUGUUUGUGUUUUUAAAUUAUUUUGCUCUUAGUUCAACGCACUUACAUGGGUUUUAUUUAAUGUAUGCAUGUCUGUGUGUACAUAGCAGCAUGUGUAUAUCUACACACAUAGAUAUACAUACGUACAUAACAUCUGCAUUUUUGCAGCUUUUUUCUGUGCUAUACUCCUGUUGCUGAUAUGUUACUAGGUGACAUUUUUAGCAAGGUACUUUAUACGUGGAGAUAAUUCUCAUUUUGGCAAACUCAUCUUCCCUCUGUAAAGAUGUGUACGGUGUUCCUUGAAGGAAUGCCGUUAUUUUUAUUGCCUACCUGCUGAGCAAGUGACCCGGUGAUACUUUGAAGCACAGCAGAGACCUAGUGUGGGAUUUACCAGCACUCAGCACACAGGUGUAACCACUGUAUAGCGUAGUGCCAAAUCCGUUCUUUCAAUUGUACACUUAGUUUAUUUUAAAACCAAAUAAACCGAUUGUUUCUAA